AUGAAUCAAACUGCUUCAGUUCUCACUAAAUAAAAAAGGAGUUACUUAUUACAUGCUUGUUUAGCCUCUCUUUUUGGAGGACAUUAAUUAAACCUACCAUCCAAGUUAUAUAUUAUAUAGGUAGAAUUUAUACUAAGGAGUAGGUAAUUAUAUAACUUGUAUCUGUAAUUCAAACCUACAUCAUUGGAAAAUUAAUUGAUAAUUAUGUUAUUGUUUUAAUAGUGCCGGCUUUGAUCAAUACAAUAUUAUAAAUAGGCAUGAAUUACUUAAUAAGCGAGGAGUAUCAAAAGACGAUAUCAUAGAUUGCAUUGUAAAUUGGAAUACUUAUUCCCCAAACCUUAGGAACUGCUUCAGCUAUCAAAUAUGAUGGGACCAUUUUAGAUGCAAUAGUAUUUUUUUUCUUGUUUCCUCGAGAAUAAAAUGUUGAACUAGGAUUUACAUAAAUAGAAGCAUAUUCUAGAUCUAGAUAUGCUUGUUUGUUUUUAAAAUUGAUAUUGAUUUUGACACAUGUUAAUAGAAUGAUCAUAGCAAAUAUAAUCAGAUACAUUUACUAUUUUACACCAAUACUGAUUUGGAUGGGAUUAUUUGGAUAAUUUUCUUAAUUGUAUGUAAAUUUAAGAAUUGAAUUAGUUCAGAAUAUGUGGGAGAGUAAUUCAAUUUUUUAAUGGGAUCAUCAUAUUAAUCAAGUUAGAAACGUACAUAUUUGACAGUACUAUUAAAUAUUGUAUUGAUUGCCAUCUGUUUAGGAUUGUCAUUCAUAGAUGAGAAUAGAAUUGCAAUAAUUGUAAGUGGUUGUUUGGUAAAUAUUAAAAUGUAUAAUAUUUUUGGUUCUGUACCUCAUGAUUAAAAAUAAAUAUUCAAACAGAAUAACUUAGAUAGAUUAUAUCUAUUCUAUAAUCUAUUAAGUACAUUAUUGAAUGUAAUUUCAAUCAUUUUAUGUGGAAUAUUAGCAUCUUCCUAUUAUAAAGAACUCUAUUAUGCUAUUAUUCCAUUAUAUGUAGGUUACAUGUUUAUCUAAUUCAAAUAUCAAUAAUAUGUGAAAUAUUAUAAAAUAUUUUAUACUGUUAUUGAAUGUGCAUGUAUAUCUAUGAUGGAUUAUAAUUUUGAAGGUAUUUUUGCUUAAAGAUUAUUUGAAUGUACAACUAUAAUUAGAUUGUAUAGUCUAAUACAUUCUAAUCCUACUUAUUUAUUUUUUGAAUAAUUAACAUGUUUUAUCAUUUCAUUUAAAACAAAUUAUUCUAUGGCAUAUUGUUAAUUGAUUGGAUUUUUAGUAUAAAUAGGUUUGAGAUUUGUAAUAAGAAUGAAAUCUCGAUUAUUUAUAUGGUUUAUAGCAAAGUAAAAAUGAAUUUAAGUUGAUUAGUCAAAAGAUGUUGACAGUGAAGAAAUAGAAAGUAUAGGGAGCAGCUUUUAUUACAUGUUUGUAAUUAUUAAUGUGUCCAUUAACAUUUUUAAUAAUGCUUAUAUCUAGUAUCUUAGAUAGUCCAUAUAUGCCAAUAUUAGGAUUGCCUAUUUUCUAUUUUGCAUCAUUGAGACCUUUUAGAAAUAAUAUUGAAAUAUCGAAACAUAUUCAUGAUUCAUCAGAGGGAUCAAUUUACAAUUCUUAUUUAAGUAAAGCAUAUAAUAAAAUAUUGGGUUCUCAACCUUUGUGGAGUCAUUAUUUAAUAAGAAUAGGAAAGUAUUUGGGAAUAGUGUAAGUAUUGGAAAAUUAGGGAGGAUAUGCUGUAAUUUAAUUUAAGGGAUUAGAAUCAUAGGAAACUACAAGUUGUCAUGGAAUAGAAGCAAGAGAAGUAGAUAGAUUGGUUGAUGCUAAGGAUUGUGGAUCAUUUCUUGGAAGUGCUUUAACAUUAUAAAAUUAAUUCUUAGUUACUAGUUAUGAGGAAAAUUAGAUAAUAUUAACAGGUAUUAUAGAAGCAGUUGAAUUUUCAAGUGAAUUUAAGAAGAUAUAUUUAAAAAUGUUAUGUUAUUAUUUUGGUUAAGAAUUAAAUGAGAAUAAUAUGAAAUCAAUAAUUGAAUUAUCAAAAAGAUAUGAUGCUUCUGAAUAUCCAUUUCCUAAUUCAUUUGCAGAUUUAAUAAAAUUAUAAACUAAAUUUAUAUCAUAUAAGAUUAAUAAUUUAGAAUAAUAAGAAGUAAUAUAAAAAUAAUAAUAAUCAAAAGUAUAAAUAAAACAUGAAAAUGAUGAUCUAUUUGGUAUGUUGGAUGAUUUCAUGUAGGAUGUUCCUUAAUAAAAUAAGAAAUUACAUCAAUAAAAUAAUGUUGUAUAAAGUGGUGGAUUUUAUAAUCAUAUUUAGAGAGCCAUUUUGUAUAUUUAUUAAGUAUCAUUGGGAGAUUUAGAUUUCAAUUUUUAGAGUAGAAUAAAUUAAAAAGUUUUAUUUAAUUUAUACAAAAAUUCAAAUACUUUAUUUGAAUAAAGAUAAAUGAAAGGAAUUGAUAGUAUUCUAUCUGAGAUUGCUACAUUAGCAAUUAGAACUGCAUUAAAAAUAAGUUUAGAUUUUUAUUCUAUUGAGGGAAAUUUGAAUAUUUAAGAUUCUGAAUUAUUAUAAUUAUUGAAUGAAAGUAAUGAUUGUUAUGUUGGUAUGGGUAAUGAAUAGGGAUGGCAAUAAGCUAUGAUAAGUAAUUAAGAAUUACGGUCUUUGGGUUAUGAUUCUGGUAAGAAUAAAUUGACAGUUUAUCGACAUACAUAUACUGAGAUAUAAUGUUAAGUAUUUAGAUUUGAUAGUGAAGUUAUUAGAGGGAUUGAAGCAAAUUUAUAAAUGGAAUUAUUAUUUGCUACUAAUGAUGAUGAAGAAAGGUAUUUAUGGUAUAAUUAAUUAUUUAUAGAUAUUCCAUUUAAACACAUGAAUAGUUUUUUAGAAAUAUGAUUAUUGAGGGUUCUGAAUUACCUUUAGGAUAUGCUCCAUUUUAUUCAGGACCAGUGAUAAUUAGUUUAAGAUGA